AUGGAUUCGGAGUCUAAGAGACCAGCAAUAGCUGAAGAUAGAAUCAGUGCAUUACCGGAUGCAGUUCUAUGUCACAUUCUGUCCUGCCUCCAACCAGAAUUUAGAAAGUGUGCUGUCAGUACCAGCAUUUUGUCCAAAAGGUGGAAGAACAUAUGGGCUUAUGUUCCUAAUCUCUACUUCGACAAUCAUGAUUUCCCCUCCUCAGCUGAUUUCAUAGCGUUUGUUGAUCGUGCUCUUCAGAUUCGUAACUCGUCCGCGAUUCAAAAAUUCCAUCUCCAUUUCGAUGGUUGUCAAGCUGAGGAUUUCUGUCAUAUUGAUGAUUGGAUCAGCACUGCCGUCAAGUGUAAUGUGGCAGAACUAGAUCUUUCAGUCAAUCCACAUGGAGAAGAGAUGUUUGAGUUGCCUGAAAGCCUUUUGACUUGUGGAAGCCUCAUGGUUUGGAAGCUGUGGUCAAAUCCUUUAAUAAACAUUCCUAAAGCAGGGUGUUACCCAAGUCUAAAAGAACUCCAUCUUAAAUUUAUCUAUCCUGAUCUCUUAAAUCCGGAAAAUGACUUCAUGGAUUUUUCUCAGUUCCCUGUGCUUGAAUACUUGUGGAUCGAUGGAUAUCUUGGAUUCAAAAGUUUUACUUUCAUCAUCUCCGGGCCCGAAUUGAAGACUUUAAGGAUAAAUGCAAAGAGUGAAAAUGAUAUUCGUGUAGCACACGUUUUUUAUAUUAAUGCUCCAAAGCUUGAAAGGCUUGAUGUCCAAGAUGAUUUUCUGUCACAUUAUACCUUGGUGAAUACAAGAUCUCUAGUCGAAGCCAAUGUUCGUGCCUAUACUAAACGGGCAACCGAGUUUCUGGCAGGAAUUUCCAGUGUUAAAUGUUUGGCUAUUUCAUCUCCUUUCCUUAGGGCUUGUUCUGUGGCUGCUUUUGAUAAUCUGCGUGAGCUGAAGUUGGUUCUCGAGAUGGACUAUUUUAAGUGGAGUUUGCUGACCAAGGUGCUGGGGAUAUUAUCUAAUCUAGAGUCCCUUGUGGUGGAACAUGAGAGAUAUGAGCCCCCCUGCCAUCGUGGAGAUUCCGAAUUGGUUAUUAGACUUGAAGAGUGUCAAGAAACUAAAGAAGUUUUUGCAGACGUGCUGCGUUGGAGUCCACCAGAGUUUGUGCCCAACUGUUUGCUGUCACACCUCAAGACCAUCUGCAUAAAGGGAUUCAAGGGAAGCCGAUCCUUUGGAUAUCGAGACGAGAAGGAAGUGAUUAAGUACUUGUUAAAGAAUGGCCAAGUUUUGCAGAAAAUGACUAUUUAUUCUCCAGGUCUUUCUAGAGGGGCAGAGAAGAAGUUAGACAAGGAACUUUCAGUGCUUGAAUGGGGUUCAAAGACUUGUCAAGUUGAAGUUAUCACGAAGGUAGUUUGACAGUGUCGGUUUUAGAUGGAAACCGUUAUGAAGUCGUAUUACCACCGUCUUUGUUGAUGAUGCAAUGUAAAUUGUAAAAUAUGAUGCUUGUGAAAAAUGUAAAAUAUGGUGUUUGUGAAAAAUGUGGUGUGUCAUAAACUGAUGAUGCA